AUGGUGUCGUCCGUAACGGCAACCGCGUUGACCUACAAGCUCGAGGCCAACGAGAAGGCCUGUUUCUUUGCCUACGUUGACCAGCCGAAUACGAAGGUGGCCUUUUACUUUGCGGUUCAAUCCGGCGGUUCUUUCGAUGUCGAUUACUCCAUUAUCGGACCAGGCGAUUAUGUUGUUACGGAAGGAAGCAAGGAGCGCCAGGGCGACUUCGUAUUCACGGCUCAGAGUAUCGGGGAGUACCGAUUCUGUUUCAAUAAUGAGAUGUCGACGUUUGCAGAGAAGAUGGUCGAUUUCGAGAUCGCAGUCGAGAAUGAAGAACGUGCACAACUCCCCUCCCGACAAGGAGCUAGCCCCGAACAAGCGUCAGCACUGGAAGAGUCCAUCUACAAGCUGUCAGCGCAGUUGUCGACUAUUUCGCGGAACCAGAAAUACUUCCGGACGCGUGAGAACCGGAACUUCAGCACUGUUCGGAGCACGGAAAGACGGAUUUUCAACUUUAGCGUGUUGGAGAGCUUGAUGAUGGUGUCGAUGGCUGGGCUGCAGGUAUUUAUCGUGCGGUUCUUUUUUCAGGGGGCGAGGAAAGGUUACGUCUGA